AUGAUAGUUCCUGCAAUAUUAUUUCCAUGUUCCAGACCCCUGUUUAAGUUCCUUGGAGGUACCGGAAAAGUUAAUGAUCUCGCAUUUGACCACGUUAUUCCACUUCUCUCAUUAAACCUAGUUACAUGUUGCUAUCAGUGUGUAUGUGGUAUUUUACAAGCAGAAGGAAGGACUUGGAUUUAUGGAGGAGCACAAAUCGCUUCAAUGAUCCUCAAUAUGGCAUUAUUUGAUCCAUUACUUCUUUGGGCAAUGAAAAGAACAUUAGGAUCAUCAUUGGCUACGGAGAUAUCAAUGUUUAUCCCGGCAUUUAUUAUCUUAAUUUUCUUAUUCCUCGGAAAACUUUCGACAAAACCACAUCCGAAGUACUUUAUCAAAUGUUUCUGCCCAAAAACAGGUGCUGCACUGAAGGCAGGUCUUUCGGCCUUCAUCAUGAAUAUUUCGAUUUCAUUACCUUCAUUAAUUAUGCAAAAGUUCAUUGCAAUACGUGCAAACAGAGUCAAUGACUACGAUAUGAUCGUCGCCGUUUACAAUUCGUUGAAUAGAAUAUACAUGGUUUCAAUGUGUGUUCCAAUCUCCUUAAAUGCAGCAUAUUUACCAGCUGCAUCAUAUGCAUAUGGAAAGAAAGACUUUAAGAGAAUACUUUGGCUGACUUUCCAUGCUGCAUGGAUAUCAAUGUCAUGGUGUUUCUUCUGUAUGAUCAUAAUUGUGUCUUUUCCGAAACAAAUAUGUUCCAUAUGGAGUAGAGAUGAAAAAUUCCUCUAUUGGUGCAAAGAAAUAGUUCCUGCUUCUUUUUAUGCACAAUUUUUGACACCAACAAAAUUCAUCAUUGUUUCUUUACUUCAAGCAUCGCAGAAAACAAUACUUGCAACAGUUACGAGUUUCUUAACAGAAUUAGGUAUAUUACCUAUAAUUGCUUGUAUUUUCCAUUAUACAGGUGAUCCAAACUCGCCAAGAAGAAUUUUCUAUGCAUAUCCUGUCAGUGAUGCAAUUACAACUGUAUGCAGUCUCUGCUUUGCUUCAAAAAUUCUUUAUGACUUUUAUAAAGAAUCAAAGAAGUCUGAGAAUGGAAUAGAUAACAAUAAUUCAGAAAUUGAACAAGAAAAUGAAGAAUUGAUACAUGAUAGUCAGGUAUAA